AUGGCCGCAAUCAGCUGUCAAAGUGCAAGCGUCCCUAUUGGAAAACCCCUUAUAUCAAUAUGGCCCUAUUUUUAUAGUCUGUUUUUAUAUUUGUUUAGUAUCACACUUUUGGAAUUCGAAUUUAUACUACUGGGAUUGCAGCACAACAUUAUAAAACGCUUUGAAUUUAUAAUUUUACCGACAGUGACCGCAAUUGACUUAAUCAUAAUUGUUGUCAUAUGCGUUCGAUGCGAGGCAUUCUACAGAGAAAUUAAGACCACGAAAUAUCUUUGCAUCACAGUUCUGUCCCUGAUCUACAGUGGGCCGCUGAGACGAAAAGCUAUUAAAAUGUUAAAGAUGAUCAAAGAGAGACCGCCGCAGUUUUCAGUUUACGACAUGUGGCGAAUGGAUGCAGCUACUAUGAUUAAAAUGAUUAAUUUGGUCACUACUCUCAUGGUUACAUUACUGCAAUUCGCUCUUCUGUAA